GCACAAGGUUCUCGGCCUCAUUCAGUGGGUUUGCCGUAGUAUCUAUUAAAAUAAAUCGACUUCCGAGUUCGAAGAAUGGCAGAAUGCUUCACUUGACCACAACAAAAUGACGCCAACUCAGAGGGGUCUUUUGAAUCUCUCUCCAUCCAACAUUUCAUCCACCUUUGGCUUCACAAAAUACCUCUCGAGAUCUUCCAUAGGCUCGGCCUUCGUAUGGAAUUGCCGUGCAAUGGGAACAAGAAUGAAUGAUGAACUCUUUACAUACACGUCCGGUCGGUUCCUUUACAACGAACAGCGUCGCCUUGAGGAACGACGGGUUAAUUUUAAUAUUGCUGCUUUGAAGCAUGCUGCUGAAAAACAUGUUGGACGAGGUAAAAUCACCAAUCUGCGAAAACUUGCUGAAGGAGGGUUCAAUCGGGUAUUCCUCCUUACAACAGAAGAUGGAUUUCAGGCUGUCGCCAAAGUUCCCUACAUGAUCACCGUUCCAAAGCGCUAUACCACUGCCAGCGAAGUGGCCACAACAGACCUUCUACGAUCAAAGGGAAUUCCUGUCCCACGUAUACUUGGCUGGUCCGCUGACCCAAACAAUUCUGUCGGGGCCGAGUAUAUCAUUAUGGAAAAAGCCUCUGGAAUCCCAUUGGAAAAGAGAUGGUUUAAUCUAUCAAAGCAACAACGGCACCAUCUUGUGACAAGUUUGGUCGACAUUGAGACAAAGAUCUUUGACAUCCCCUUUGGCCAUUUUGGUAGCAUAUAUUAUAGGAACGAUGUCCCAUCAAACCUUCAACAAGACCUCUAUGCAGAGAGCACCGACCCAGCCAUGUCAUCCGCAGAUGAGCGGUUUUGUAUUGGCCCUACGACUGAUUACAUGUUUUGGUACGGCAAACGCGCAGAGUUGGGGAAAACACCGAAGGCCUACUUGGUUGCUAUAGGAAAACGGGAAUGUGAGUGGACAAAAAGAUAUGGUAAACCCCGUCCUGUCCGAUUUCCCCAUGUUGUCAACUUCGAAGGCAUCAAGUCCCCGCACGACCACAUCCAGCUCCUGAACCAUGAGUUGAACCGUCCCACUUUGCGCCACCCAGACCUUACUCCCGGGAAUAUAUUCAUUCGCCCGGAAACCAACAAGAUUUCUUGCAUCAUCGAUUGGCAACAUACGGCCUUGCUCCCACUUCUACUCGCUACAGGGCAUCCCCCAAUGCUCCAGAGCCCUGAUCACCCUCCACCACAAACACUCGAGAAACCGGUCCUCCCGAAUGACUAUGACUCAUUCAGCCCAGAGGAGAAGUCUCAGGCAGAUGAACUCCACAGACGCAGAGUAUUAUUUUAUCUUUACAUGGUGUUUAAUGGUGGCUUAAAUAAAAGACACCUGUCAGGACUGAGAGACCCUCGUGUCCUCCUAACACAACACCUUGUUGAGAGGGCUGAGAAACAAUGGAGCGGAGACGUUUUCAGCCUAAAGGCGGCCCUCAUCCGAAUAACUGAGAAUUGGGACCAUUUUAGUGCAAGCCUGCCAGAACCAGUCCCGUGCCCCAUAUCUUUCGCUAGAUCUGAGAUUGAUAUGCACUAUGAGCAGGAGCCAACGUGGUUUCAGAUGAACAGUCUUGUUGAGUACUGGAAGUCAGAGCUACAGGGCUUGAGUGAUGAUGGUUGGGUUAGGACCGAAGCUUACGAGGACGUCGUGAAGAAGAAUAUGGAGCUGAAGAAGGUUUUGCUGGAUGGUUCUGAUACGCAGGAGGAGCGAUGCGUUCAAGAGCAAUAGCCAUUUCAGGAUCAUGAAGAGGAGAUUAACUGAUAAAUUUGAUGCACUACAGACUGUGGGCGCUGUUAUGCUGCUCCAAUAACUAUGAUAUUAACACUGGACUUAAUAUAAACGGAUAAUGUCGG